CCACCAUUACCCGUCAAGUCAGUGAUACCAGUGAAAAUAAAGUGGAGGAGGAAAAUGCCAACACACACGCCAUCUUCUUUUCUCUCCUAAUUGAACUACCGAGAUAGGAUUUCGAUUCCGAUUCCGAUUUCUUCCCCCACCGUAAUCCGCCAUCUCAAUUCCCCGAUGUAUCCUCUUUCCGCCGCCUCCGAUUCCUCGUUUUAAUUCUGUUCUGCAUACCCCUUUUUUUUGGGUUGAUUUCCGUGUGCGUGGGUGGGGGGAAGAGAGGGAUGCAGAGCCAGGUUGUGUGCAGCGGGUGCAGGAGUCUUCUCAUGUACCCGAGUGGAGCGACCAAUGUGUGUUGCGCCGUGUGUAGUGCUGUCACCGCCAUUCCUCCUCCAGGAAUGGAAAUGGCCCAACUGAUAUGUGGAGGCUGCCGUACACUACUGAUGUAUACACGCGGUGCUGCAAGUGUUAGAUGCUCCUGUUGUCACACAGUAAACCUUGCACCAGCACCAAAUAAUAUAGCUCACAUCAACUGCGGAAACUGCCAGACGACGCUCAUGUACCCUUACGGUGCUCCAUCGGUCAAAUGUGCUAUUUGUCAAUUUAUCACAAAUGUCAACAUGGGAAAUGCUAGGGUACCCAUUCCCAUGCAUAGGACAAUUGGACCACCCUCUUCAGCAUCAAUGCCUUCAAGUUCGGCAGCAAUGCCGAAUCUGCAGAGCCAAACCGUUGUUGUGGAAAAUCCUAUGUCUGUCGAUAAAAGUGGGAAACUGGUAAGCAACGUUGUGGUCGGAGUAACCACCGACAAAAAGUGACGUGGCAAAAAAAUCAUCCAAUAAAUCAGUCGGCAUUUCGGGUAAUUACGAGGUGUGUAUAUUUAUGCGGGAUUUGUAUCUAUAUUAUCGCAUUUGGCGGCUUUUACAGUUCGGCGAAAUCUGUAUUAUGUUGUUAUUGCAAAGUUGCAUGUGUGCUAACUGAUAUCACAUAUAUAUGCAUGUAUAGUGUGUAGAGAGAGCGCUCUCUUCUCUACCUAUUGAAAACAUUUGUGUGGAGAUAUAUUUGUCGAAAUUGCAAUUAGGAACUAAUGAAGAUGACUGUUAAUGAGUUGUUCACAAAUUUGUCUUUGUGUAAACAUGAACUUGUUAAUUAAUGUAAUUCUAGUAGUUAUUGUUCUUAA